GUCCUCAUCCUCAAGCCGUGAGUGACGUCACGCAGCCUUUCUCCACGGACCUCGAUGGAAGAAACGUGGAGUCGGAAGUGUGUGAAGAAAUUCAUGUUUUACUAGCAUCAGGUUCUUCACAAAAGUGUCAAGUUGUCAAGAAUGGAGUACAUGCAGUCCGGUGCCACAAGCACCCAGGGAAAUAUCCUGUGCUGCACUUGUGGUGUCCCAAUUCCUCCUAACCCAGCCAACAUGUGUGUGGCUUGUCUGCGCACUCAGGUAGACAUCUCGGAGGGAAUUCCCAAACAAGUAACAGUCCAUUUCUGUAAGCAGUGUGAAAGGUACUUGCAACCUCCAGCCACAUGGGUACAGUGUGCUCUGGAGUCCAGGGAGUUGCUCGCCCUUUGUCUGAAAAAAAUUAAAGGCUCUAUGACCAAAGUGCGUCUUAUUGACGCUGGCUUCUUAUGGACAGAGCCUCACUCCAAAAGGAUUAAGAUGAAACUUACCAUACAGAAAGAAGUGAUGAACGGUGCCAUCUUACAGCAGGUCUUUGUGGUGGAGUUUGUCAUCCAGCCUCAAAUGUGCGACGACUGCCACCGUGUGGAGGCCAAAGACUUUUGGAAGGCUGUGGUUCAAGUUAGGCAGAAGACUGCCCACAAAAAGACAUUCUACUAUUUGGAGCAGCUAAUCCUCAAACACAAGCUCCACCAGAAUGCCCUAAACAUCAAAGAAAUUCAUGAGGGCAUCGAUUUCUACUACGGCUCCAAGCAGCACGCUCAGAAGAUGGUCGACUUCCUCCAGUGCACCGUGCCCUGCAGGUCAAAGAUGUCCCAGCGGCUCAUCUCUCACGACAUCCACUCAAACACGUACAACUACAAGAGCACAUACUCUCUGGAGAUAGUACCAGUUUGCAAGGACAACGUUGUGUGCCUGUCGCCGCGGUUGGCGCAGAGCCUGGGGAACAUGGGACAAGUGUGCGUGUGCGUCCGUGUCACCAGUACCCUCCACCUCAUCGACCCAAACACCUUGCAGAUUGCCGAGGUUGAUGGGAGCACAUACUGGCGCCAUCCCUUCAACGGCCUCUGUAACCCACGGCAACUGGAGGAGUUUAUCGUUAUGGAUAUUGACAUCAUCAGAGACCAGAAGCUGGCUGCUGGAGCCGGCAUGAGGUCCAAUAAGCACACCCUGGCUGAGUUGUGGGUACAGAAGACAUCAGAGAUGGACACCUGUCAGCAGUACCACUGCCGCACGUUCUUGGGCCACCUGCUCAACAUUGGAGACCUGGUGAUGGGGUUUGACUUUGCCAAUUCCAAUGUCAACGACGAGUUCUUGAAUAAGAUGAACCCUCAUCAUGUACCGGAUGUGGUGCUAAUCAAGAAGAGCUAUGACCGCAGCCGCAGAGUGAGACGCAGGAACUGGAAACUGCAGGAGAUGGCCAGAGACAAAGAUGGCAUGGAUACAGACGACCAACGACAAUACCAAGACUUCCUGGAGGACCUGGAGGAGGAUGAGGCUCUGAGGAAGAACGUCAACAUCUUCAGAGACUCCUCAAAGAUCCCGGUGGAGAGCGACACCGAUGAUGACGGCGCACCACGUAUCUCCUUGGCGGAAAUGCUGGAGGAGCUCAGCCUCUCGGACGCCACGGGAGGCGAGGGGGCCGACAUGAUAGAGUAGACAAAGCCACACCGCAAGAGCUGAGCUAAAGCAUCUCAUUUCUACUAGCCAGAAGAUUGCGACUUGAUUAAACCAGAUUAUGUUCUAAAUCAUGCAGUUUAUUCGGUUCAUUAGUUUCUGCCUGCACUUCCCCUAAAGGAGUAACAUUUUACCAAUCAAAAUCAUGUAAUAUUUUGAAUAAGUGGGAGAGUUAAUGUCAAAAAUACAUAUUUCUCCAUAUGUGAACUACUUUGGGAUGAUUUGCUUGAAACCUCCACCAGAGAGCGCUGUAGCUUUAAAGGCACGGAUGGGCAAAAAUUGAGUAGUUGCUCAGUCGCUCAACCUUGUGGUCAAUGCUCCAUUGGUGUCUAAAUGGCUCCAGAUUUGUGGUGCCAGAACACUGCCAUUAAGUGUUGUGGGAAAAUAUUAGAGAUUAAUAUUGGCACAAAAACGAGUUUUGGAUUCAAUUGAAAAAUAAAAUUCAGACAUAAAAAAAAAAAUGCAAGGACUUCUUUUGAUGAUGGCACGGUGGACGACUAGUUAGCACGUCAGCCUCAACGUUCUGAGGACCUUGGUUCAAAUCCGGUCUCGCCUGUGUGGAGUUUGAAUGUUCUUCCCGUGCCUGUGUGGGUUUUCUCUGGGUACUCCAGUUUCCUCCCACAUGCCAAAAACAUGCAUGGUAGGUUAAUUGAAGACUCUAAAUUUAAAAGAAAUUAGUGAAAGAAAAGUAAAAAUUGUUGCACUAUUGUAACCUACAACCUGGACAACUCAAUUUUAUUUUAUUUUUAAAAAAAUCUUAUUGAGAGAGAAAAAGCUAUUGGAAAUAAUGUGGUUGCAUAUGUUUGCACACCUUCAUAUAACUGGAAUGUGGUUGUGUUCAGAAUUAACCAGACACGUGUUCGGGAGAUUUUGUUUUGGUCCAAUGAAACCAAGGUUGAACGUGUAAAUCUAAAAGGUAUAUUUGGCAUAAACGCAACACUGCUCAUUACCAAAAAAAACACAAUACUUUCAGUGAAGCGUGAGUGUGGGAGCAUCAUGCUUUGCGGCUGUUUUCCAUCACCUGAACUGCCUUGGACUAGGUGGAAGGAAUUAUGAACAGUUUGAUCUAGCAGUCAGUGUUUGCCCAAAACCUUCAGGCUUCUGCCAGAAAGCAAACAUAAAAGAAUCAGGGAGAGCAUUCUAGAACAGCAGAAAUUUAUUGGGGGUAAUUCAGAGGCACUUUAAAUGGUGUGUGCUAACUCCCAUUUAACAUGAGUUGAAAUGUGUUUGGUAAUUUCUGAACACAGCCACAUCCCAGUUAUAAGAUGGUGUGUAUAAUUGUGCAACCACGUCAGUUUC